CUCAGCUCUCUCAACAUCGCCCUUAACCCUGCAUUUCUCGCCAACGCUCCCCAAGUCUAGCGGACACGUCCCCUCUCGUUCGUAUUCCCCGAGUCUGGCCCAGGAAUUGCUUAUUUUGAGCGGCCAUAGACAACAAUGUCGCACAGCCACUCACAUGAUGGCGCGCCGCACUCGCAUGGAGGAGGGGACCACGGCCACACGCACGAGAUCCUCGAUGGCCCGGGGAGCUUCUUGGGGAGGGAAAUGCCGAUUAUUGAGGGGAGGAAUUGGGAGGAAAGGGCGUUUACUGUAGGGAUUGGAGGUCCCGUCGGUUCCGGCAAAACAGCGCUCAUGCUUGCUCUAUGCAAGGCUCUCAGGACACGGUUUUCCAUUGCCGCUGUCACAAACGACAUUUUCACGCGUGAAGACUGUGAGUUCUUGACUAAGAACAAUGCUCUACCUGCCGAACGCAUCGUAGCCGUCGAAACCGGUGGCUGUCCCCACGCUGCCGUCCGCGAAGACAUUUCCACAAACCUCCUCACUCUAAUCCAGCUCCAUUCUCAAUUUGCCACAGACCUCCUACUUAUUGAAUCCGGCGGCGACAACCUCGCAGCAAAUUACUCACGCGAACUCGCUGACUUCAUAAUCUACGUCAUCGACGUAUCUGGCGGUGACAAGAUCCCACGAAAAGGCGGACCGGGAAUCACGCAAUCGGAUCUGCUAGUUGUGAACAAGAUUGAUCUAGCGGAAGCGGUGGGCGCGGAUCUUGGGGUUAUGGAGAGGGAUAGUCGGAGGAUGCGGGAGGGCGGCCCGACGAUUUUUGCAGUGGUGAAGCAUGGGAAGGGGGUGGAUAAUAUUGUGGAUCUGAUAUUGAGUGCUUGGAAGGCGUCGGGGGCUACUCAGGCUCGGAAGGAUAAGUUUGUGCCGGUGGUCAUGGAAUAGCAAGAGCGUGCUUUGGGGGACUGGAUACCUAUUUGGUAGAAGUUUUCUGCCUCAAAGCAUCAACUUAUAACCUCACCCCUCUGGCAAAUGCUUCCUACUCCUUGUGCCGUAGUUGGGGGAGGAUUUCCCCCCUCUAGCUAGUGGCCAUAGCCUCUUCUGACAAUCC